GCGCGUGACAUUAACUGAAAGUUUUGGAGGGACAUUGCUCAAUAACAUUUGUUGAAUAAACCUAGCGAAAUUGACUUAAAGCCUAGCUGCGACCACUGUUGCUCACGUCACUGCAUCACCUCUACAUCACUUUUGAAAAACGCAGUGCAAGAAAUAGUUCCCUCGACCAUGUCGGGAAACCCCGACAAGUAUCACCUCCAUCGUCUCAUCUUCAAAAAUGAGACAGAAGCACUCCGCACCUAUCUCUCUUCAUACCCAUCAACCACUCCAUGUCCCCUCUUUACAGAAACCUGCCGCGGACAAACUCCAUUAACUCUCGCGAUAUCUCUCGGGCGAAAAGAAUGCGUCAAGAUCCUUCUUGAUGCCGGUGCAUCCACACUAUUCAAGAACAUGGACGGAUGGACUCCGUUUCAAGAAGCUACCAGCUAUGGCGAUCGAGAGGUUAUGGAAUGGGUUUACAGAACUCGGCGGAGGGAGCUGGCGUUCUGGUUCAAAUCCAAAGGCGGAGAGCUGUUGAGGGCACUGUCAAAGGAUCUGAAGGACUUCUAUCUCGAGAUGCACUGGUCGUUUAAAUCUAUCAUCCCUUUUGUGAGCUCCAUUUGUCCCUCGGAUACAUACAAGGUUUUCAAAAAGGGAAAGUCGAUUCGAAUCGACACGACGCUUGUCGGCUUUGAAAGCUUGUCAUGGGUCCGUGGUGAUAUUUCCAUCAUCUUCACCGAAGAGAAAGAUGGACCACAAUUGGUUAUUUGUGACCAUCAACGCCGCGUUGUUCAGCUAGUAUGGCCAAGGGACUUUUCGAUCGGCGCCAAGGAGGUGGAAGAAGAAAUAUCAAUCAGUCUAAACACAAAGAUGGUUGCGGCACCCGAAUUUGACUUUUCAUCUUUCAGUCUCUCUAGAACACAAAGUGGAUUCUGGACGUUUAAGGUGGACCGUAACGAGCGAGUUGGUCCAUGGGAAACACAUGUAUGGUCCGUUGAUGCCUUGGAAUGUGUAAACAAAACGCGAACAGAGCAUUUGAAAGCCAACCCAUUACCACCGACCAAAGAGGAUAACCCUCUUCCAGAGGGGGAGGAAGAAGAGGAGGAGGAUGAAGACGAGAAGAUCCGCAAGUACGAAGCGGGCGAGUGGAAUGAACCAGAAGAAUUGGCCAAAGCCAAGAAGGCUUUCCGGGAACUUGCCCGUUUCAGACCAACGUUAGACCCUCCCCCGACCCCGGAAGUCACAUAUGAACAGUUCUUUUCACAAGGACAAGAGAAAGAGUACCUACAUGUAGGUCGACCUCAAAUAUUAGAAAAGACUUCCAGAAACUACAAAGCGACAUUAUGGAUGUACGAGGGCGGAGAGGAGACACCAAUGGCAGAGGGAGCCGAAAAGGAAAUUAUAGAAAAAGAUACGGCCGCUGCAGCCGCGUAUUCAUCAUUCCCAACGAUUGUUCAAGCCACUCCAACACCACCACCGUCAUUGCAAUCUGAUGAGUUUCCAAUCAAAGUCGAAACCCUAUUCCCAUUGCUAGAGUUAAUCGGAAUGGGAACAAACGAGCACAUUCGAUCUCUAAAAGAGUUUUUUGGUGUGCAACUCCCGCCGGGAUUUCCAGUCCAGAUUGAGAUACCCAUCGGUCUGUUACCGUUGAGUGCCGUCAUCACCUUUCAAAACAUCAGCACGACAUAUCCAAUAGAUCAAAGUAUGUUUGCGAUACCCGGCAAGAAAGAAGGUUAUAGGAUGGGAGAGGUAGUCAAGGGCAGCGAUAGACACUGAUGCUUUGAUCUAAGUUUUAUUGGGUUAUCGAAUCGCAAUUCUCUUCUUUUUUAUUCUUAAGUUGUUAAUCAAAUUUAGUGUAGUAGUACUUUGUCCUACUUAGAUGUUACGAAUAAAUGCUGUAGUGAAAUGA